GGAGAGCAGUGAGUGAGUCUCUUAACUCUCAGAGCCAAUAUAUUGACUUUGCUUAGUUUUUUUGUUUUACUCAGGAUUCAUUCCUUCAUACUUUCCUGGUAAAGUUUUGCCUGACCCUCAUAUUACUGGCAGUGCAGCCCAGAAAAUGUCCACCUUCAGCCUCAGCAGGUUGCGCUUUCAGAGCUGCUUCAUAUUAUUGCUGUCCAUAACCUUCACUGUGUCUGUCAUCAUCUAUGUGUUUGGCUUCCACACCGAGUUGUCCAAGGUGUGGUUCCACAAGUUUGCCAAACUAAUCAGGUUCCAAAAAGUCAAAAAUCACACACUAAUAAAUAUGACUUGUCUCACAAGACACAACGUGACAGACAUGCUCAGUAUGGAGUCCAUGACGGCUUUUCCAUUGAACGAAGCGUCAUCCAUCUGUUACCAUGAAGCGUAUCCACACAACUACGGCUUCAUCAUAGACGAGCCCGAUAAGUGUGAACAAGAGAACCCGUUUCUGGUCCUCAUGGUUCCAGUGGCUCCACACGAACUGGAGGCUCGCAACGCCAUCCGGAGCACAUGGGGUAAUGAACGCGUUGUACAAAACAAAAACAUCACGGUGGUCUUCUCGCUGGGUCUGCCUGGGAUUGAGGCUGAGAAACAACAGGAGGAACUAAGGCUGGAAAGCCAGCAGUACCAUGACCUCAUCCAGAGUGACUUCAUGGACACGUACAUCAACUUGACGAUAAAGACCAUGGUAAUCAUGGACUGGCUGGCCACACGUUGCCCACAGGCAUCCUAUGCUAUGAAGAUUGACUCUGACAUGUUCUUGAAUCUGGAGAACUUGAUGAGCUUGUUGCUGAGACCUGAUACUCCUAAAGAAAACUACAUGACGGGAAAGGUUAUGUGGAACAGACCAGUCAUCCGGGACAAGAACUCCAAGUGGUAUGUGCCAAAGGAAUUAUAUGAUGAAGACUACUACCCAACAUACCUGCUGGGGAUGGGUUAUGUCUUCUCCAAUGACCUUUCAAGGAAGAUUGUUGAGGUUUCGAAAGAAAUUAAGCCUUUUAACAUAGAGGAUGCAUACGUGGGUGCCUGUGUGGAACAAAUAGGAAUUUCACCUUCAGACCCUCCCAAUCCCUUCCAGUUUAAGGACUAUUUUAGCGGUAAGUAUAAAAGAGAAGAGUUUGCCAGUGUGAUCACCACCAUCCUUCACUCCCCACAGCAGCUGAUCACAUUCUGGCAGGACCUAAAGGGCCCACAUGAAGGACUUGAAGGAAAAAGAACAGACUGUGCUUUGUUGGGGAGAUGAGAGUGUAAAGAAGCUCCAGGGCUGCUGUGGAAGAGUGAAGCUCCACAUGAAGGACACAAUAUAACACAGUUACUUGUUGGGACUGUUAGGCUACUCCACCCACCACUGGACGCUGUAGCCACACGCUGAAGCCUGGCCUUCUUCCUCCUGCGACCUGUGACCCCAGAUGUAGCUUCUCCCUCCAGCACGUAAUCCCUCAGUCGCUUUGUACACAGUGUCACAGCGUCUUGUGUGUUGAAGGGGAUUCAUUGUAAUAAAGCACAGUGUUGUCAGUUGGACCGUUCUAAUGAGACAAAUGUAG